UGCUGCUCUGUAUAAUGAAAUCUGCCUCCGCAUUUCAGUGCAGACUCAAGACGUCCUACGGCUGCAAGAUCUGUGCAAAAUAAUGUGAAUCAACCUGCCACGAGAAAUCAAGAGAAUCAGAAUAAGAUGGACAUCCAGGAUCAGGAUGCCACAGCCAGAUGGGAGGCUCUGGGCAGCCGUGACCCGAGAUCCAGAGGCACAGCAAUGGAGCACAUCAGCCAGGAGGUGAUGCGGAGAGUGGAGAGUAUAGGGCCGAUACCAGCCACCGUCCCUUCGCCUGUAGCUACUGCAGGGCACCUCACCAGCGACCUGAACGACAUCCUAGCCCGUCUACUCAUGCUGUCCAAGCGGUGCCCUUUCGAUGACGUCAGAGAGCGAUGUGUUUGGCUGCUGCAGAACGUUCAGGACUUUGGAGUUCGAAUCCCAAGACCCCUGGGAAAUGGACCAAGUAGAUUUAUCCCUGAAAAAGAGAUCCUUCAAGUCAGUAAAGUAGACCCCAGGACACAAUCGAUAUUUGAGGACGCAUUCGCAGCACUGGGUCGCCUUGACAACAUCUCCUUGGUGAUGGGCUUCCACCCACAGUACCUGGAGAGCUUUCUGAGGACACAGCACUACCUGCUGCAGAUGGACGGGCCCUUAUCCCUGCACUACCGCCACUACAUAGGCAUCAUGGCUGCAGCCAGACACCAGUGCUCCUACCUGGUCAACCUGCACGUCAACGACUUCCUCCAGGUAGGAGGGGACUCCAAGUGGCUGAAUGGCCUGGACGGAGCCCCACAGAAGCUGCAGGCCCUCGGGGAGCUCAACAAGAUCCUGGCCCACCGGCCCUGGCUCCUCACCAAGGCACACAUCGAGCACCUGCUGAAGGCUGAAGAACACAGCUGGUCCCUGGCUGAGCUGAUCCACGCUGUGGUGCUCCUCACACACUACCACUCCCUGGCCUCCUUUACCUUCGGCUGUGGCAUCACCCCCGAGAUCCACAGUGACGGGGGGCACACCUUCAGACCCCCCUCCCUCAGCCAGUACUGUGUCUGCGACAUCGCCAAUGGCAAUGGGCACGGCCACCUGGAGGAGAGGAGAGGGAAUCACCAGGUGUCAGAGGUGUCUGGUGAGGUGGAGGUGCUGAUGGAGAGGAUGAAGCAGCUGCAGGAGUGUCGUGAUGAAGAGGAAGCCAGUCAGGAGGAGAUGGCCACACGCUUUGAGAGGGAGAAGACGGAGAGCAUGCUGGUGGCCACGGCAGAGGACGAGGAGUGUGUGCCAUCCAGAGACGUCUCCAGGCACUUUGAAGACCCCAGCUACGGCUACAAGGACUUCUCCAGGAGAGGAGAACAUGUACCCACCUUCAGAGUGCAGGACUACAGUUGGGAGGACCACGGCUACUCCCUGGUGAACCGUCUGUACCCUGACGUUGGUCAGCUGCUGGAUGAGAAGUUCCAGAUGGCCUACAACCUGACCUACAACACCAUGGCCAUGCACAAAGACGUGGACACCACCAUGCUGCGCAGGGCUAUCUGGAACUACAUCCACUGCAUGUUCGGCAUCAGGUAUGAUGACUAUGACUACGGGGAGAUUAACCAGCUGUUGGACCGCAGCUUUAAGGUCUACAUUAAGACCAUGGUGUGCAGCCCGGAGAAAACCACCAAACGAAUGUACGAGAGCUUCUGGAGACAGUUCCAGCACUCCGAGAAGGUCCAUGUCAAUCUGCUUCUUAUGGAAGCGCGCAUGCAGGCAGAACUGCUCUACGCUCUGAGAGCGAUCACCCGCUACAUGACAUGAAAUGCUUUUGGCGUUUAUCAUUGUUUUUUGCUGUCAUUGUCUUUGCUCUCGUGGGACACUUCAGAAGAAAUAAACCAAGGGGGGAAACAGAAAACGAAAAAGAUGAAAGGUAACCCUGUCCGUCGUGACGAAGCUCGUCCUCGUGAUGUGGAAAGAAAAAUGAACAGAACAAAUGAAAGAGAACAAAAAAAAGCAAAUGAAAGAAGAAGAUUAAAAAAAGAACUGCAAAAAGAAAAGUCAUCUCAACCUACUUGUGGAAAGAUAAGCUGUCCUCUUUACCUGCAGUGCCAAAACUCACCAUGAGGGGGCAGCCUGGAGCAGACACUGCUUGGCCAGAGGAGAAGAAACAGAUGACACAGGCCACCCUUCCAGUAUUCUAAUACACCUCAGUGGAUGAUGUCAAUAGAAUCUCCAUAUAGUGUGAAAACCCACAGCAACUCUCCAGAAAGCAAAGCAGUGCAUCAGUCUCCACUUGAUAAUGUAGUCACUGUUUUUUGUUGAAUAUAUUUUGCUUUAUUUUUUUUGUAUUAAGAGAAGUUGUUAUCAUGUGAUUGUUGUUGCGGUAACUGGAGAUGAUGGAAGCAUUAUUUGGCCUGUGUGUUGGUGUGCCUGGUUAUGUCAUACACCACAGUAUAGUGUGUAGAGGUGCGGCCUGAUACUGCUGCUCAUGUAAGCAAGGGGUCAAUAUUGACCCCCCCCCAUCCUCCCUCCCACCCCUAAGAGCCCUAUCCAUCAUAAACCCACAGCAUUACCCCCCCCUCCCCCUCCCCCACCCACCCUCAAACUGUUUGUGUAAGCUAACCCAAGAAGUGUGUGAAAGCGGAGAGGUGUUGGAAAAACUAAAAAAUAACACUGUCUGAGCCCUAUUUAGUUCAACUGUACGUAUGAUGAACCCAUUCUGUAUGAGAGACUGAUGUCCGUGACAAAUAUCAUGUGUGGAUGUGUGUGUAACUCCAUGUGUUUUACAGAAAAUAUAAAUCAUGUGUGGAUGUGUGUGUAACUCCAUGUGUUUUACAGAAAAUAUAAAUCAUGUGUGGAUGUGUGUGUAACUCCAUGUGUUUUACAGAAAAUAUAAAGGAAAGAAAGUGUGAAAUUUCAAGCAACAAAAAACCAGGAAGAAAGCGAGGUAAUUUGAAGGGUGAAACUUCUUGCCUCUGCUGUAGCUCUUUCCGUGUGGUGACUGUUACAUUGUUUUGUUUCUGGUAAAAAGCUUUGUCCUGCAAGAAAAAGAACAUGAAAGCUAAAACAAAGUGGUCUUCCAGGGGAUUGGCUUCCGGUUGUCAUAACAAUGACCUCACCUGUCUUUCUUCCGCUCACCCUCGACCUUUGACCCUGGCCUGGGCAUCCUAACACUUUCAAAGCUUUGGGUAUUGUGAAUUGUACCAGUAAAUAAAUACCUCUUCUGUUUUUCUUUUCGAUCACAUUAAGAAGUGCUCUUUGGCGAGCAGAAUGACUCUUAUCAUUCUGGGUCGCUUGGCUUUCAUUCGUAGGGAGCCCAGUUGGUCCUCAUUGGACCGAUGUGGUCGAUACGGUCCGACUGCAGUCGGUCAUAGAUGUGCUUGUUCCCUCUGUGGGAGCCUAACCAGUGCAACACAGUUUUUUAAAAUGAGGGGUCGACUCUCCACCCUUUUAUUUUUGUUGACUAAAAACAGUAAAGUACUGCAUUCUACUGAGGGUGGAUUGAUACAGUUGAAUGAUUGUUUCACGUUAAGAGGAGGAAGAUGAGGAUGAUUAUGGAAUGGUACAUUAUUUGGGGGUGGUCGUGAGAGGAAGUGUAGAGGUUUUAUCAAACCUCUGACUAAUGUCAGAUACUGAAACUUUUUAUAUAAAAAAAUGGAAUGUUAUUGAAUCAUUGUAUUUUUUUGUUUUCUCCAUAGAACUGUUGUUGCUGCAUCAACAUAAUCAUAACAUUACAUAUAAAUAAUCUAUACAUUGAAUCAAUCUAUACAUUGAAUCAUUCAUGAAACAAGCCCACCAAGUUGUAGUCACAGCACACAUGCAUGUAUUAUCUCCAACCUUAACAAUAAACAUCUGAUCUCCAUCAAUGACAUUUUACAAUAUGUCAUCAGUAAUGAUGUAGGAAACAUUUGGCUAUUACAGAUGCAUUUUACAAUAUGUCAUCAGUAAUGAUGUAGGAAACAUAUUGCUUUUACAGAUGCAUUUUACAAUAUGUCAUCAGUAAUGAUGUAGGAAACAUUUGGCUUUUACAGAUGCAUUUUGCACAGUUAAUGCAAUUGAGUCCCACACACCAAUAAAUGUUUCGUACAACCGCAUGUGUUGAGUGUGGACCCACUGGUUUAAUGUCUAGUUUUGGUUGACUUGUCGACUAACAUGAAAAGUCACCAUCUCAUUGGAUUUAGGUUAAAAGUUAGGUGCAGAAAUACUAAAUGAUCUUGGUUUUUUUGCUUUUUUCCACUUCCAUUCAACGUCAACCCAUUUCCUUUUUUGUUGUUGAAAUCAUGUCAAAAUGUUGAUUCAACUUGUUUUUGUCCAGUGGGGAGUCAGUCCUCCCAUUUUAUACUACACUGAACUCUGUGGUUCAAUGUUUGUGUUGAGUCCAAGGUUGAAUGUUACUCCCACACCUGUUGUGCUAGAACACUUGGACCUGUCUAAUGUGCAGUGAGAUGAGGGAAAAUUCCUUCCAGGAUCACCUUUGACCUCUAUUCUGCUCACCUUCCUGUCCUGUUCCGUUCUCUCUGCGGAAACUACCUGGCAUCCUUGUGGGUGACUGGCUGUAGACUGAAUUCUCUGGAUGUUCAGGGACUUUUCUAUUAAGGGCAAACAGAGUGACUUGGUCCAUAUCUCUACUGAUACUGAACUGCCUCAUUUCCCUACGACAAUCUGAACAGGAUGAGACUAUUAUAAACAAUAGAUGCACUUAAUACCUCCACAAUUACCCAACUAACUAACUUUAUCAUCCCAGACGGACAGGUGUGUAUCAUGUAGAGAACCAUGUGUCAUUAACUAUGGCUGAUGAAAUGCUAUUGGGUUGUGGUCACUAAGGUGUUAUUAUUGCAGGAUAGGUUUACUUUAUUUUGACAGAAGUGCUGUUUUUGUACUUAUUUGAUGUAAUGAUAAUGAUGUGAUUUAAAAAGCGCUGUUCUUUACUAACUUUGCAGCAGUACUGCCUGGCCUGUUUCAUAUCUAACAAUAAAGGCUUUGAGAAGGAGAACGUUUACCACA